AUGGAAGAAGGUGGAUUUAUUCGUAAGAGAACAAGGUCUGCUACAGCUAAGAAGAGAAGAAGUGCUGGUAAAGUUAAUUAUAAAGAGGUUUCAGAUGAUGAUGAUAUUCAGGAGAUAAAGAGUGAGGAUGAUGAGGAUGAAGAUUUUGUAGUAACAGAAGCGAAACGUCGCAAGGCAUCUUCUUCAAAGGACAAUCUGAUUGAUUUAACAGACGAUACAGAACAAAUCAAUAUUGAAAAUAGUGGAGAUGAGAAUCAUGAAGAGGAAAGUGAUGUAGAAGAUAAACCGUUGGCCAAGAAUCGUCGUAAAGCAACCACCAAAAAGAAUAAAGCUAAACCGAAAAAGCCCAAGACUACUCCUUACGAACGUAAUACCCUACGCCUUUUUGAAAACCAUCCCUAUUUGAAAGAUGUUUUCCCAACUCUUCAAAACUCUACUGAGUAUGUACCAAAGAGAGCUCUUCAGCCUAAACAUAUGACGAUCAAAUUAUUACCUUUUCAAUUGGAAGGUCUACAUUGGCUAAUCAACCAAGAAGAAAACUCUCCUUAUAAUGGAGGUGUAUUGGCUGAUGAAAUGGGGAUGGGUAAGACAAUUCAAACGAUUGCUCUUCUAAUGAAUGAUUUGAAUGAUUAUGAUCCUUCUCAACCGGGUAAAAAAGUGGAAAGACAAAACUUAGUAGUAGCGCCCACUGUGGCAUUAAUGCAAUGGAAAAAUGAGAUUGAUCAACAUACAAAUGGUAUGUUAACCACUUAUGUUUAUCAUGGUGGUAAUAGAACUUCAGAUAUGCACUCCUUGAAAGAUUAUAAUGUCAUAUUAACGACAUAUGCUGUAUUAGAAUCGGUUUAUAGAAAACAAACCUAUGGGUUUAGAAGGAAGACAGGCCUCGUUAAGGAAAAUUCAGUUUUACAUCAUCUACCAUUUCACAGAGUCAUCUUAGAUGAAGCUCAUAACAUUAAAGAUAGAACUAGUAAUACUGCAAAGGCUGUUAACUCAUUAAUUACAAAAAAGAGAUGGUGUCUUUCGGGGACUCCUUUACAAAAUAGAAUUGGUGAAAUGUAUUCUUUGAUUAGAUUCUUAGAUAUUGUGCCAUUUUCCAUGUAUUUUUGUACUAAAUGUGAUUGUGCUUCCAAAGAUUGGAAAUUUACCGAUAGAAUGCAUUGUGAUAACUGUAAUCAUGUAGUCAUGCAGCAUACUAAUUUUUUCAAUCAUUUUAUGUUGAAAAAUAUUCUGAAAUUUGGUAUAGAAGGUUCGGGUUUAGAUUCAUUUAAUAAUAUUCAAGUAUUGUUGAAAAAUAUAAUGUUAAGAAGAACAAAAGUAGAAAGAGCUGAUGAUUUAGGUUUACCUCCAAGAAUCGUUACAAUAAGAAAGGAUUAUUUUAAUGAUGAAGAAAAAGAUUUAUAUAGAAGUCUUUAUUCUGAUAUUAAAAGAAAAUUCAAUUCUUAUGUAGAACAAGGUGUAGUUUUGAACAAUUAUGCAAAUAUCUUCACUUUAAUUACAAGAAUGAGACAAAUGGCAGAUCAUCCAGAUUUAGUUUUAAAAAAAUUAAAAUCAGAAUUAAAUAAUAAGAAUUCAGGAAUCUAUGUCUGCCAAUUAUGUAACGAUGAAGCUGAAGAACCUAUUGAAUCCAAAUGUCAUCAUCAAUUUUGCCGACUAUGCAUAAAGGAAUAUGUAGAAUCUUCCUUCUUAGGUGAAAGUGAAAAAUUAUCUUGCCCUGUUUGCCAUAUUGGAUUGAGUAUCGAUUUAUCACAACCUUCUCUGGAGGUUGAUCCAGAAGUAUUUUCCAAGAAAAGUAUUAUCAAUCGUUUGGAUUUGAGCGGGAAAUGGAAAUCAUCUACAAAGAUAGAAGCAUUGGUCGAAGAAUUGUAUAAUUUGAGAAGUGAUAAAAGAACCAUUAAAUCAAUUGUAUUUUCUCAAUUCACAAGUAUGCUAGAUUUAGUAGAAUGGAGAUUAAAGCGUGCUGGAUUCGAAACAGUAAAAUUACAAGGUAGUAUGUCUCCAACUCAAAGGGAUGAAACUAUUAAAUAUUUUAUGAAUAAUAUCCAUUGUGAAGUGUUUCUAGUAAGUUUAAAAGCCGGUGGUGUUGCAUUAAACUUAUGCGAAGCUUCUCAAGUAUUCAUAUUGGACCCUUGGUGGAAUCCAAGUGUGGAAUGGCAAAGUGGUGAUAGAGUUCAUAGAAUAGGUCAGUAUAGACCCGUUAAAAUUACUAGAUUCUGUAUAGAAGAUAGUAUUGAAUCAAGGAUCAUUGAAUUACAAGAAAAGAAAGCUAAUAUGAUCAACGCAACAAUUAAUCAAGACUCUGCCGCUAUUAACAGAUUGACACCAGCAGACCUUCAAUUUUUAUUUAAUAACUAG